GAUCGGGUAAUAAGGGAGUUGGGUACAGGAUGAGUAGAUUGGGUUUGAAACGGAGUCGCUGAGCGGCGAGAGGAAGAGCGCGAGUCGAGCGAGUUAGCGAGCGAGAGAGAGCGAGUUAGGGUUUUGAAAAUCUGAAUCGCCCAAGGUUAGUGAGUGCGCUUAAAUUUCUUCCAUAACAUUUGUAUGUUCCUUUGACCUGAGAAUUCUAGAAAGAAAAAUGGAUUUCUCCUCAUCGUCGUCGAGUGUGAGCGCUUGAUUUGUAGAGAGGGAGGUGGUGGGAUCGCGAGAGCGCAAGAGGAACAGAGGAGAGAAAUUGUGUGUGUCUCGAGCGAUUUUUUAUCUCUGCAGCUAGAUUUGUCUUUGCGCCCCCUUUUACCAUGUCGGAUAGGAAGCUUGUUGUUUUGGGUAUCCCUUGGGACAUUGAUACCGAGGGCUUAAGAGAAUACAUGUGCAAAUUUGGGGAAUUGGAAGACUGUAUUGUAAUGAAGGAACGAUCCACUGGCCGUUCUCGAGGGUUUGGCUAUGUAACAUUUGCAACAGCUGAGGAUGCUAAGAAUGCAUUAUCUAAGGAGCACUUCCUUGGAAACAGAGUGCUGGAAGUAAAAAUAGCGACACCAAAGGAGGAGAUGAGGGCACCUGCAAAGAAAGUGAGCAGGAUUUUUGUAGCUAGGAUACCACCAUCUGUAACUGAAGCUACAUUCAGAAGCUAUUUUGAGAAAUAUGGUGAUAUAACAGAUCUAUACAUGCCAAAGGAUCCAGCCACCAAGGGCCAUCGUGGAAUUGGGUUCAUCACUUUCACAAAUGCUGAGUCAGUUGAUGACCUGAUGCAUGAUAGUCAUGAACUGGGUGGUUCUACUGUUGUUGUUGACCGAGCAACACCUAAGGAAGAGGAUUUCAGACCAGUAAGUCGAGUGCCUCAGACUGGUGGAUAUGGAGCAUACAAUGCUUAUAUCAAUGGAACAACUAGAUAUGCCGCCCUAGGUGCUCCAACAUUGUAUGACCAUCCAGGUUCUAUGUAUGGAAGAGGGGGGUUACCCACUCGUGGCAUGGGAAGAAAGAUUUUUGUUGGAAGGCUUCCUCAGGAGGCAACUGUAGAUGAUCUCCGCCAAUAUUUUGGUAGAUUUGGCCGAAUUUUAGAUGUUUAUGUUCCUAAGGAUCCCAAGAGGACAGGUCAUAGAGGAUUUGGUUUUGUUACAUUUGCUGAAGAUGGUGUAGCAGACCGUGUUUCUCGAAGGACUCAUGAGAUUUGUGGACAGCAGGUUGCAAUAGAUUCUGCCACACCACUUGAUGAUGCUGGUGGUCCAAGUAAUGGUUUCAUGAUAGAUAAUCACCCAGAACCAUACGGGGGUUAUGGUGGCCCAAUGCGGACCUAUGGCAGGAUGUAUGGUGGCCUGGGUUUUGAUGAUUGGGGAUAUGGCAUGAACGGUGGCAUGGGUAGUAGUAUGGGGGGAGGGAGACCUUCCCGGGCAGAUAUGAGGUAUAGGCCUUAUUAGUAGCAGUCCCAUCUUGAUCUGAGUUACAAGCCUUUCUGAUAGCAGUCUUGAGCAUAAAGGAUGUGUGCCCCUUGCUAAAAGCAGUUACGAAAAAUCGUAUCAUUGGCCAAGCCUGGAGUUAUAACGCAACAUGCAGCCACUUGUUGCCAUUAUAUCUUUGAACCAUUGAUUAUGGUGUAACUGGAAUAGUUAUGUUAUAUUUUACUUUCAUAAGUUUAGAAAGCUUUUGCAGGGGCCAGAAAGGAUGCCCCACUGUAAUGUACAAUUGAAUUCACAAUUUUCUAAUGCCAUUGUUGAACUUAUUGCUUUUUC